CUGUAAUCUAAACCAGGCUGUCGCCAAGCAACCUCCUACAGUGCACCUGGCAGUGUUUCAUUCGCUAAAGGACCACUAAACGAAACAAUCAACUCCUCCCCCACAAGUACGAGGCACCGUCGCCAAGGGCCGUUCCGCCUAACGGGUAUUUAGGUUUCCCGCUUGAAACGGCUUGGAGUCAUGCGAUGAGCCACGCAACCUUGGCAAUGACUGCCUGAUGAACUAGAAAAAAAUCUUCUCGUCCGUGUCAUAUUAUUUAAUAGCAAGAAGAGCAUCACGGAGAAACCUUAAACUUUCCAAACUCACCGACCGUGAACACUAAACCGCCGACAGGGGCCUCCGCCUCCCAUUAGCGAUCUACAGCAGCCGAGCAUGGUUACCUUGCAGCACUCCGCUAUGCUACAGCACCUCAGCCGCCCCCCAGGUCGUGAUCAUCGGUGCGUGGCAGAUGCAGGCCUUGCCUUUUAAGAAGCUAGCCACAUGACUGGCUUCGCCCUGCGCUGGGAGAGGGGGCGUGCCCAUCUUCAGCAAGCCCAGUGACCUCGCGAUGGUGCUUUAUUAACUCGUACUAAUCCUACCACGCCUGCUGCUCCAGCUCCCGUUGCACGCGCAGCUUGUUCAGGCAACCAACCAGCCCUCCUCUGUGUAUACUGACUGCCUCGCUAUUACGUCGCGUGACACUCGCUUUCUCUGUUCAACUGACGCCUGGUUUUGCCUCGCCGAUAGAGACGUCAUACCACACACGCGUGCAACUACUCGCCUGCGUGCCUGUCUGCCUACAUCCCUAUACGACGUCAAGCAAUAUUUAUUACUCGUCUAAAGAGUCGCCGGCGACUCACCCGCUAGCAUCAUGGCUAAAGAUGAACCAGCACCAAACGUUCCAAACGCAGCAAAGCUCGCUCUCGACAUGCAGAUGCGAACGCGCAAAGAACACAACUUCUCCAAGGUCGAGGAAGAUCUCCUCGACCCUCGUCCGAUACAAACCAACACCCUAACCGUCAGCAGCUUGCGCAGUAAGCUCGGCUUCUUCAACCCGUUCGCCAAGAAGACGGUUUCUAGAGGAGAUCUCGUCUGGCUCUUCGAUAACACAGCAUUCCGACAUAGCCGCAUGAGCUCAUGGCAGGCCGAGUUUGUAACCGCCGUGUUUGAGAAGGAGAGUGCGAAUAGACUCGUCGAUUUGGCUGCUAGUAUUGCGCGCAUCGUGGGGCUGGCAGACGACGCGAAGGAGCGAGAAACUAUCGAACAGCGGCUGCAGCCAUUUGCCUGGGAUAUCCGGGUGGGAAGAAACGCCGUAAUAUCACAAGAAGGGUCCCGCAAGACUAUCAAGUUGGGUGCAACGGGGUCAGAAGGCUGCUCUUCUGAUGUUAUCAACAUUUCCAGUCAUGGAAAGGGAUCGUUUGUCAGAGCAUCGGCUGUCGUAACUGGUGGCAUCGAGGGCAUUCUGGAUAUGCAGACGUAUUACGCGGGCGAAGAUGGCUGGGCAAUAAUUUCAGAUAUCGACGAUACCAUUAAAGUCACCAUGACUAGUGAUCCCAUCGGGAUCCUGAAAGAGACCUUCAUCAACGAGCCUCGGCCGAUUGACGGUAUGCCCGAGUUAUAUACGCAGAUCAAAGCGAUGCUACCCAAGGAUACCCCGUGGUUUUACCUUUCUGCAUCGCCUUACACAUUAUAUCCGUUCUUGAAAGAGUUCCGCAACAAGUUUUAUCCCCCUGGUACAAUGAUCCUGAGAGACUCGAGCUGGCGGACAAUUUCUGGACUGCUUGCAUCUCUCACCAUGGUCACGGAAGAAUACAAAGUCGACCGCAUGAAGAAGGUCAAUUCUUGGCUUCCCAAGAAGAAGUUGAUCGUCUUUGGUGACUCAACACAGUCCGAUCCCGAAGCGUACGGAGAAAUGUAUGUAUCCGCUUACAAUAUUUAUAUACUGUCCGCUCGUUUACUGACAUGUCUGCAGCUACCGCACUUUCCCCGGCUGGAUUAGCCUCAUUUUCAUCCGCAAAGCCACCGAUGUGGCCAUGUUUGGCAUCGGUGAGAAGAAUGAUCCAGAACGAUUUGAAAAGGCGUUUGAGGGGAUCCCCGAUGACGUGUGGCAUGUCUUUGAAGACCCUAAAGACUGUGUUGCUACCAUCAAGAACAAAGUUGGCAGUAAAUGGGGGAUUCCAGGUCUGUGAUGGCAAGGUUGUCUACACACGUUCUUGAUACCCACCAAUUGGUGUGGCUGCUGCGCGCUCGUUGGUGUAUAUAUUCUCGUCUUGUUUUGGAUAUAGAGCUCGUCUUGCGUUGAAAAGAUAUCCCUAUCAGAGUAGUGUUUAAUGAGUACUUAUAUUCUAGACUAAUCACUGUACAUUUAAUCACAGGAUGCACAAAGAGAGUUUUGUAAUUUUUUUGUCAUUUUAACCUUGGUCCUAUCGCUGGUAGGAAUCUAACCAACGACAGCUAUAUACAUUCCGUCCAAAGGCCCAGGCGAUGGGAGAUCUUACAAGUAAGAUACGCAUCAACAUGAGCAAUCGAAUGGAAAAGCUUCAAAUGAAAAAAACAUAAAGAAACCCUGCAAGGGGAAGCAUGCCACAACUAGCUGAGUAUGAAUUGUCGCCAGUCAAUGGGACGCACGUCCUUGUGUUGUUGAAAUGUGAACUCCGAGCAUGCUGGAAAAGAGAGGGGAAAGAUUCCGGGAGGGGGAGAAGCGAGCCGCUAAUCCGGAGGAGAAGGGGGGUGAGAAGGUUUCGAAAUCCAUAGCUGAGAGGGCGCAGCAGUCCUGCUGGUUCGAAGCAGAAGCAUGGAUUCCACAUUAUACAAUGCUGCUCCGAAGCAGAGCGUGCUGCGCCCUUUGCAGUAAACUUUUGGUGGUGGCCGCUGGGGACCGCCAAGAUGGUGGUUGGUUGCGGCAAAAAGUGAAUUGCCUCUAGGAACAUCGCCGUAUUCCCUUUAUUUGCUGUUGAAAUAGUAAUACCGUCCUCCGUUUGUUAAAAAAAAAUCGUAAAACAAAAAAGUCGCGAGUUUGCCAGUGCUUGCACAUACUCGCAAACGUUGCCAGCCACCCGUUUACGGCUCUUGACCACGUAGCGUCCAGUGUGAGGCGCAAGCAGCAACAAGAAUCAGGCGGUUGAAGCAGACAACGUUUAUUUAGCCGAGGAGAGCGGCACCGCCGGACUCAAUGGCCUCGAUCUCGGCCAUGUCCAUGGGAGCGCGACGGAAGCGGGCGGGGAGCUCAGAGAUGUCGAAGAAGACGCCGGUGGCAGGCUCAAUGGAGCCGAGCUGGGCACCAGAGGUGCCGCCAAUGCCGCCAGCCGAGAUGCGGAUAGACUUCUGGAGAGGGCCGUGCUGCUGAGCGUGAUCGCGGUAGGAGCUGAAGGAGCUGUGGGUGGAAGAGGCGGAAGCAAAGCCCUCGGGGAGCUUGCCGGUGGGAGAGGCAGGGUGAGGCUUAGGAGAGUGGUCGAUGUUGGCUGAGCGAGAGAAGGGGCGAUUGUUAGCCAAAGACGAUUCCUAUCCGACAAUACACUAUGCAGAUCUAGGACAGGAUGCUUACCGGGAAUAGUGCGAGGGCCAAUGAACUUGAUCAAGGGAGUGCGGCUCUGGUGGGCAGCCUGUCGGAGGGCUCGGGUGGAGGAGAACAUCGUAGCGGUUGGUUGUUUGGGGGGGUUUCGUUAUCGACGUUUGCUUUGUUGUUGAUAGGUAACGGGAGGUUGAUGUCGAGAUGAGACGAGACGGGCUAGGAAUUGGACGAGAUAAGGUAGAAAAGAAGAAGAUGUGUGAGGGGGGUUGACGCUGGGUUUGGGGGUGGAGAGAUAAUAUAAACUCGGAGCGUGAGAAAAAAAAAGAGCGAGCCACGGCAGAGCGGGACCCCCCAAAAGCGUAGUGUCCACAGCGCACGCGCAAUGCUGCACGCGGCGUCCGGCGGGCGGAGACGGGGUUGGAUCUUGCCUGAGGUUGCCGAAUCGGCGCUGGACAUUGGCGCCUGGCGGGUUAGCGUACAGUGGCUGCAGUACAAAGACAUGGGCGACCCCCAAACAGGAUGUGCCCGCUAAAAACACAGAAGGCUCGGUGCCUGCAGGGGCCGCUACGGCCAGCCAAGCUUUAGCGGCCGUUUAUUACUCUCUGCCCCUACGGUUGUAGUGGAAAUGCUGGCCCGAAGGUCGGAGGAGGCCACUGAUAGCCGAGACUGGCCUAUCUUUUCGCUACAGUACAGUAAAUUACUGCGAAAAACGUAUGACGACAGAGUCACCCGUUAUUGUGCGCUGAAUUGUUCGAUUGUCUGCAUCACAUGUAACUACACUGGCAUGUUAUUUGCAUAUUCAAUUUAUUUUUUAUUAUUCCCAGCUUCUGUUAUUAUUUCACGCAAUGCACGUCCGUCAUGUCGUCCGGGCAGAACCGGAGCACCACCAGCUGCUAGUUUCGUGGUGGUUCCAGCGCCUCUCAGGAUAAGACAAUCUGCAAAGUGAUGCCCAAAAUUCCAGGGCAUCCGCGCCUUGUCUGGGGCUGCCUUACUACCACUCUCUUAUCUCUGCUGUCGCCGACCAAUCACGGCGCAGCAUCUGCUCUCCGCCUGGAGCUUCCCCAUCUCACGCUUCACUCCGCAGCCAAGAAGCACGCAAGUAGAGAGUAAUAUUCUUACUAAAGAAACCCGCCCACCACGCAAAGAAAAGCCGUAUGAUGAGAGAAAAAAAGAUGAUCCGAGAUGCCAUCAGCAAGGAAUCCCGUUCAAAACGUCGCUCUUCCCUAAUAGAAUUUCACAGUCACGCGCGGCCACUACCUAACAGUUGUUUAUCCGAGAUGAACCCUAACAAAAACUGCAGCACGCAUACGCUUCUCUCGUUUUCUUAUCUUUUGGCUUUUGACUUAGGUUUCGCUUUUAGCUCCCGUCUGUCCCGUCAUUUGCCGCACGCCAUUGCACACUUACAUCUCCGAUGGCCACCGCGCACCGGCCACCGGCCCCCCCUUGUCUCGCCUCUGCUCGCUAUUUUUCCCCAGACGUGCGUUGUGGCCCUUGCUCUCUGAGACCUUGCAUGUGCAUCCCUAGCAUGGCCUUGCACUCGCUCGUUUUCCUGGGGUAAAUUAUUUGGCAUGUGUCGGCGAGAUCUACCCGGGCUCUCCCGCUCAUCCUUGCGCACGUCAGUGGCUUGGAUAAGACAGGCCAGAACCGAGGGCAGCUGGACAAGUGGUAAGUUGAUCAGACACCGUUACUCUACAUAAUGUAGCUGUAUUAGUAUGCCCGGACACUGCUCCCAGUCGAACCAAUGCCACGCAAAAUUACACCUUACACGCAAGGCCGGUCAGUGUCGAACACAUGCAAUUGAACACGAUCCCACGAGCAACAACAAUGAUAUAAUGUACCCGGCUCUACGUAACUGUGAUUUAUUAUCCCAUUAUGGAGAAAAGAAAUACCCGCGUGUAGUAUUAUCAGGUUAAAACACUGUCUGGCUAGUUCCAGUCCACUCGAUGACCAUUAUGGACAAAAUAGUUGAAGACACCCCGGACCCGAGGCCCAAGAGACAUGCAAUCGCUCUCACACCACUUGAACAUGAUAUUAAGCUCCAGCUUGGGUAACUUUUGCCUUGUAUCUAUCGCCCACGGAUGGUCUUCAUCAAACCUAUCAUGCUGCAUACGUUUCGAGUCGUCGUUGGGAGCCCCGGUUGUCCUAGGCAGCCAAACAGUAUCCAGCGUUUCCGGGGAUUCGGCAACUCGACGUUCGUGCCGCCAUCUCUGUGCGAAGAGCAGCCAUCUUGCGCAGCUCGUCCAGUAUUCCACAUCGUAUUGAAACUGCGAGCUCAGAAGAUACUCAAACUCAUAUUCAGCCCUGUAGUCUCUUCUCCGCAACCCGCACACAUCCAAUAGAGACUGGUACUUAAGCAGCGCUUCCCUGUCGUUGUACGGAACCAGUUGCACCGGUGCAUCACCAAGGAAGCCAAAUAAGCCGCUUUGGAGUAUUUCCGGGCGAUGGGCGUGGAUGUGCACAACCUUAAAGACAGCCGCAAUUACUUGGUUGUCUGGAAUCCACCGACUCAAGUCGCCAGAUGAACAGUAUCAAGAUUCGGCUGUAUCCAUUCCUCCCAUGUUGUCCCGGCCCCCACAAGACGAACCUUUCGCCCAUACCGCAAGGCAACAUCUCGCGCUUCCGUAUUGAUUGAAAGGAGAGCAGGCUUUGUAGUUUUUGGAUGGCCCGGGGACCAAACUUCGUUUUGACUCUUUUCCGGCAUCAAAUUGCUGCAUACCUCUCUAUUCGUUGCCAAAACUGUUUUGGACACGCAGUACUCCCAGACCAUGAUACGGAUUUCAGCAGGAAACCGCGCAAACUGAGGAAAGCCCUCUUCGAUAGGUGUCGUGGUAUUCAUUGUAAAUGUGUGUGGUGAUUUGUUUAGUCUAUAGGAAUCUGAGUGGCAUCUUACCUGGGCUCGAGCUUCAUAUAUACUGUGGUGACAGAAACUCUAAUGAACAGAAAAAUUUGUAUUAUACUUCACCAUACUCCUACCAUAUUCAAAUCUAGCUUUUUAUAUACAGUUACAUUACAUGAAUGGAGCUUAAAUAUGCACCAAAUAAGGUUAAGAAAGACAAAUUGAAAAGAAAUAAUCAGAAAUCUCGUUGCAGCACAAGGUCUUAGCGAGAGUAGCGACGGUAGUAGUCGUAGCUGCUCCUCAUACGCGCAAUCUGGCCUGGAGUAAACUCGCUCUUGCAGUUG